UGAUUAUGUUCUUUGUUUUCCUCUCUCUUUCUGUCUGAAAAUGUCCAUUUUUUCCAAAUUUCUCCUUUGACUCUUCUUCUUCAUUUCUUUCUCUGCCCCCAUUACAUUACAACUAACACAUCUCAGUUUUUCCUCUUUCUCCGUGUGUUUCUCUUUCGAUCCUGUUUCUUUUUGGCCCAACAAGGUGUUUUUUUUUUUGCCAACGUCGUACUUGUUUUCGCAUUACCUGGUAAGAAUCAGCUCAUACGGGAACCUUGAUUUGGAACAGAAUAAGGGGAACGAGACAAAAUGCAUAAAUUUAUUGGAAAGAAUCAACCAUGAUUCAAUUACAGGUUGUUUUGAAUAGGACCUUGUGCAAGCCAUUCCAUGUCUUCUGUUAAAAGCCCUUCGCGCGGGCUUAACAACGAUGAGAUUCAGGGUCAAGGCUCAGAAUUUCUAGGCAGGCACAAUCUUGAAAAACAACUGGCUCAAAGCAAUUUCAAAAGCAAUGAUGCACUUAAUCACGCUCAGGACCUAGACACUAUGGAACUUUUUUCACAAGCAAGGGGGCAAGAAGAGGAGAUCCUCUCCCUUCGUGAACAGAUUGCUGUUUCUUGUAUGAAGGAGUUGCAGCUAGUGAAUGAGAAAUGCAAACUAGAGAGGGAAUUUUCGGAACUAAGAAUGGCAAUCGAUGACAAGCAAAAUGAAGCCAUCACAUCUGCCUCUAACGAUCUGGCUCGAAGGAAAGGUUAUCUAGAAGAAAAUUUAAAACUUGCCCAUGAUUUGAAAGUUGCAGAGGACGAGCGAUAUAUCUUCAUGUCAUCUAUGCUAGGAUUGCUGGCAGAAUAUGGUUUGUGGCCUCGUGUUAUGAAUGCCUCUUCAGUAUCCAACUAUGUAAAGCAUUUACAUGAUCAAAUACAAUGGAGGAUUCGGAAUUCACAUGAUAGAAUUGGAGAGUUAACUUCUGGGCAAGAAAGUCAUGCAGAUAAUGGUAACCAUGUUGUCGAAAGUCCUGGUUCCGCCAAUUUGACAAAUCACAUUCAUAAUGAAUUCAUGUUUCAGCAUAACAUUCCCCAGCAAAAUCCUAUUGGCAAUGAACAAAAUCACCAACCAAUGAGCAAUAUGACAGGAUAUAUGAACCCAGGUGUUAGUGGUGAUGUAAACGGAGCAUUCAAAAGGGUCAACUAUCAGGAGAUUUCUAAUGCUGCUGAUAGAGACCUAUCUUCCUUCCAACAUGGUUUAAUUGAUCAAAUUGGCAUGCAAGAGAGAACUGGUGAAAGACAAUUUGUAAAUGGCAAUAUCAACUUGUAUCAACCUUCACAUGAGCAUGAUGAGACUGCUUCCUCUGUUUCUGAGGAUGGCCCUGGCAUUGAGAAUUUUCAAAUCUGCGGUGAUGCUAUUCCUGGAGAAAAACUUCUGGGAUGUGGAUAUCCUGUCCGUCGAACUUCUCUUUGUAUGUUUCAGUGGGUUCGGCAUCUUCAGGAUGGCACUAGGCAGUACAUUGAAGGAGCCACAAAUCCAGAGUAUGUAGUUACAGCCGAUGAUGUCGAUAAACUGAUAGCAGUUGAGUGUAUUCCAAUGGACGAUAAAGGCCGUCAGGGGGAGCUAGUGAGGCUUUUUGCGAAUGACCAGCACAAAAUAAAAUGUGACCCAGAAAUGCAGCAUGAGAUUGACACAUACUUGUCUAAAGGAGAAGCAAUCUUCAGUGUUCUACUUCUGAUGGAUUCUGCUGAAAAUUGGGAACAAGCAACUCUAUUCUUAAGACGAUCUGGAUACCAAAUUAAGAUAAGUGGUACUGAAGCUGCGGUAGUUUCUGAGAAAUUCUCAAAGGACUUAUCGAUUAAAGUUCCAUGUGGUCUCUCGUCACAAUUUGUGUUAACAUGCUCGGAUGGAUCUUCUCAUCCUCUAAGCACAUUUAGCGUCCGAACGCGAGACACACUUGUGUUAACCAUGCGACUCUUCCAGAGUAAGGUGUUGGAUGACAAAAGGAAAGGGAGAGCAUGACGACGGGUUGCCACGGUCAAUCCUGAAUUUUUUAUAUGAAAAAAAACGUACAAAACAGAUGAAGCAAAAGUUACAGUAUCAUUUGAUUAUUGGUUUUUUUGUUGGUGUUGUGGAAUAUUUGGAAUUCCACUUGUUUAUAGAACAGGUGUAAAAAUAAUUUAGCAUAUAGAAGCUAAGAAAAUGUGAGGUAAAGAUAGCAAUGACAAUGUGUAACAUUUUUUCCUACCUGAAACUACACUGUAACGUUGUUUUAUUAAGUAAAUUAGGGAAAGCUAAGUUAAUUAAGUGAGUGCUCCGUAUUCAGCUUAGCUUACCUGAAAUUACAUUGUAACAUUGUAUUAAUUACAGUUUUGGUGUUGACACACUUGUAACAUUGUAAUUUUAAUGAGGGAACACACUUGUAACAUUGUAUUAAUUAGAUUGUAUCAAGUAAAUUAUUUGUACUUGUGUGGUGAA